GCGUCCGUCCUCGAUUGCAGUUGCUUGCUCCUAUUUCAGUUGUUUAUUUCUAAUCCUGGCCUGUGGGUCGUCCUCCAAAGACCGAGGACGUUUGCUUCGUAUAUUAUAAACCCGUCCUCCGAUAUAAGUCCCUCCUGUCCUAACCCACCGUGCUGUGAACACGCCUGCUCUUUCGUGCUUGCUGGCUGGUUGGAUCUCGUGUUGAUCCUAUCUUCAGCUCUGUGCUUUCCCAUCACCGGCCCCCCCAUCUGCAUAACUUAUACUUUACGAACUCGCCAGUUAUCAUCUCUCUGACGUUCCCUCGCCGAAUCGCCUCAUCAACAUUCAUACUUACCCUUACAAGUAUAAUACCGCUAUCGCCUCCAUGGACACGCUAGUAGCCCAUUCUCAUCACUACGCCAUGGCUUCCAUUCCUUCAUACGCUGCAUCUACCUCUACUCCAUCAUCCUCGUCUUUGCAUUCGCAUUCACAUAUGCGCAACGCCAACCCACUCUACUCAUCCUAUCCAUCCCACCAAGUGAACCAGGAGCAGGAUCAUCGCUUCUCUCCCUCCCCCUUCACGCAACAGGGAGGAUCGGCGUUGCAGAUCCAGACGAACGCCAAUGGCGUGCACCAUGAGCCAGAGGAAGAGACUGCUCAUCCAUCGAGAAUCCCUCCUCCUUCGCUCUCAUCUCUCAGUCAGAGUCAGAUGAAUGGGAUGUCUCAAAUGCAGGAUUCAUCCAUGUCUUCCAUGCUCGACACCAUGUCCAUGUCAAAUUCCCUUCCCAUGUCCAUACCUUCCCAUCCUUCCUCUUCUCUCGCACUCGACGCCCCAGAUUCGUUCAGCGCUCAAUUGUCCUCGGCUGAUAGCAUCAGCGCAUCGUUUACGGGUCUAAGUCGACCUUUGAACCAUCAGGAACGCGAACUCCUUACGCACUUGGAUCGGCUGAAGUUCUUCUUGGCUACGGCGCCGAGUCGAUGGAGUACCGAUGUUGGAGGUGUGGUUGGCGGUGAUUCGCUGCCUCUCGGUCACCCGUCCUCGACCCACCCCGCUCUGAACCGCUUCCUCCUUCCCAACAACGAGUACGUCUCGUGUGUGCUUUGGGGCGGGUUAUAUCAUAUCACCGGAACGGACAUCGUGCGCGCCCUAGUAUUCCGAUUUGAAGCGUUUGGCCGACCGGUACGGAACAUGAAGAAAUUCGAAGAGGGCGUGUUCAGCGAUUUGCGAAACUUGAAGCCCGGCGUGGAUGCUUGUUUGGAGGAGCCUAAGUCUCCCUUCCUGGACUUGUUAUUCAAGUACCAGUGUAUCCGUACUCAGAAGAAGCAAAAGGUAUUCUACUGGUUUAGCGUUCCCCAUGAUCGUCUUUUCCUCGACGCUCUCGAGCGUGACCUUAAGCGUGAAAAGAUGGGUCAGGAACCUACAACCGUCGUCAUCGGCGAGCCUGCUCUUUCCUUCACAUAUGACCCUAAACGAUCGCUCUAUGAGCAGUUUUCUAAAGCUCAAGGAGCUGUCGAGGGUGAGGGAGAGUUGGAGGCUGCUGUUCGACGUGCGGAUGAGGCGUUGAACGCCGAGUCCGAGGACGGUACGAGUCAUUCUGAGAAGGAUGUGGAUGGUUCUGCUAGUGAUGAGAGUGGCACAGAAGAUAACAAGAAUGGAAAGGAGGAGAAGAAGAAACCCAGCGCGCUUGUUAACUCGCCUUUCUUCUCCAUGUUCUCGCUGUUCGAAGGAUCCCCGACGUACAAACAACGAAGGAAGAAGGUUACCAAGGCUCGUCGUUCGCCGUCGACUUUCAGUACUUCCUACAAUCCUUCGCAUCCUUCCCCACUCUCACAGCCAAACAACCUUUCCCAUGCUCCUCAUCAUCAUCCUUCCUCGGGCUCUUAUUAUACUAAUGCCAAUGGAGGUGCUUUGUCGAGUGCGGAUGAGUAUGCGAAUAUGUAUGCGAUGAGGAUGAAUGAACCUCAGAUCGAUAGGUUUGGAAGGGAUACGACUAGGAUGAGUGCGGCGGAGAUGUUCAUGGCACAAGCUAGAGGCGAUUUUGGUCCCCAGAGUAAUCCGGAUCUGAUCGCGACGCAGAAGGAGAGACAAAGGAGGGCUAUGGCUGCUCAAGCUGAGCGAACGAACUUGCACCCGAGUGCGUUGAUGGGUACCGCUGAUCCUGCGGCUGGGUUGAGUAUGAGUUAUCAAGCUCAAAGUCAGGCUCAGAGACCACCUAUGGAGCAGAGGCGAACAUUCCCUUUGCUCGCUGGUGGGAAUACCUUCCCGUCUCGUUCCAAUACCGACCCAUCGUCUUCGAUCACUCCCCCUCUUGCUCCUUCGUCUUCUGCGUCAUCUUCCUUCGAUCCUAACACUAUGUCUAUGGCUUGGGGAAACACCGGUAAUGGCGUUUCUGACCCAGUGCCUAUCCCUCGUACGAAGGCGUUCGUCUGUCCAUUGUUCAGCUGUGGACGGAUGUUCAAGCGGAUGGAGCACCUCAAAAGGCAUUUAAGGACACAUACGAUGGAGAGACCGUUUGAAUGCUCCAAGUGCGGGAAAAAGUUUUCGAGGAAUGAUAAUCUCAAUCAGCACCUCAGGACGCACGAGCGUACAGACGGGGUGGUUUCCGAUGACUCUGCUGGUUCUAACGGCCACGAAUCUGGUGUUGGUGGUUCGGGUUCGCCUGAACACGAGAACUUUGGCGAGGAUGUGUUUGAUGUGGAUAGUAGCUUGCCGUUCUUGGAUGGUAUGGGCAAUAUCUCGGACGUUCAGAUGUGCGAAGUCGAGGUUGCGGGUUCGGUUCAAGAAGUCCAGGGUGAUGAAGAAGGUUUGCUUGUCGCUGCGACGUCUUCAUCUGUUGGAUCUGUCGGCUCUCUAGGUUCGAGUUCGACUGAUUUGGAUGUUGUGGACCCCGUUCAAGAUAUCCUCUACAACGACACUUCGAUCAUUACGGAAUCGCCAGGUGUUCAAUGGGCAACUCUUCCUCCAAAUAACAGUCCCCAUUUCGUCGCGAACAGCGUCCCUGGAUCGUCUGCGCGCAUGACUCCUUCGUCAUCUUACGGCAGUUCCUCCAUGGAUCAAUACCUCUCCGUCAGCGCUCCUGCUCACAAAGCGGCGUUCGACCAUACGUCUCUCUACCCUCCCGAACUAGGUGGCCCAUCAUCGCUCUCCUCAUCGUCUUCUAUUUCGUCCUUGUCCUCGUCGGGUGGCGGCCCUAUCAGACGCCAUCGGAGCGCCACUCCCAACAUUGGACGAUAUGGCGAUAGCACUAAUCCAAGGCGUCCAUACUCUGCUGCGCUUUCGGAUCAUGGACGAGCCGCUGCUGCCUAUCAUCCCUAUGCCGCCUCGAUGGUUGCUCAUUCAGCCGAGUCAAGCCCGUUGCAUUAUAAUCUUCCGCUGGAUUACGACGCUCAUGGUCACCCGCACCCGCACCCGCAUUCUCAUCAUCAUCGUGGGCAGCAGGGCGGUAGAAGCUCAAGUCAUUCGAGGAGUAGCUCGACCGGUGGUCAGUUGCAGGAUCAAAUGCAUCAGAUGCUCUCGCUCGAUUCGUCUGCUGGGUUUGGCCAAGACGCAGGCAGUGUCCAGGGCUAUUCGGACAUGCCGAUGUACAGUCGGACCGACUCGCCCAUGCAUUUCAAUGCUACCGCUGGGACUGGUGCUUCGGGCGCGUAUGAGAUGGCGAGAGUGGCUGAGAGGAGUGCUGCGGUACAGAAUAUGUACCUUGGUAUGGGUGACCCUCAAGCUGUCGCUGGUGUUAGUGGGUAUUCUGAUGGAGGGUAUCUCUCGGGAUUCCACACAAGUCAUAUGUGAAGAAUCGUGGAACGCAAAACACCUAUCCCGGUGGUUCAUUCUGCUUUGCUCUUUUUUUCCCUUCUCUUUGAUAGCUUGGAUAUUGGAUCUUGGAUCUUGGAUCUCGACGCAUCAUUUUCCUCCUCUCAUCUUCAAUUCUUUUCUUUCACGAUCGUCUAUGGUACAGCAUCCUAAAGGCCAAAACGACGUUUUUUCUGGCUCGACAACUUCAUACACUACAACAUAUUCCACACCACUAAUACCCACGUUCCUCGCAUUUACAAUAGCUUCAGCAACGAGGACGAAGUCUACAACUCCGGGACGUGGGCGACCAGCGCUGUAUCCAAAACGUUACACCCUCCAUACUCAAUUGUUCCUCCACCCACCCACAUCCCACCAUUCCUUUCAUCUAUCUAUGAGUCUAAAUUACUCACUCUUACUUUUGACUUCGUUCGAAAACUUUGGUCUCUGUCUGACCCUCCGUUAACUACUUAUUGGCGCUUUGGUCGCUCUCUUAUUCUUCGUGUUUCGGUAUCUCUCUUCUCUUGUUUCAAUACGUGUUUGUCUGUACUUAUAAUUGUCGUAUAGUUCUGUCUCGGUUUCCCCUGGAACUCUUUUAUAGCAUAUAGUAGUCACUACAUCGAACUCAUUAUUCCUCCCCCUCACUCCCCAGAUCGGUUUUCGUUAGUAUGCUUCAAUUCAUGUCGUUCACCUUAUGUUUUAUGCAUGCCUUUACAUUCCAUCUCAUCGCCUACUGAGCAACCGGAACAAAAUAUGUGGAUGGUACUCC